GUCUGUUGUUGUUACCCAUUCACGUCUGCUAGCAGAGGCACACUUAUCUCCAACUGCUAUUUUCCGUGUUUUUGUCCCUACAUAGUACGUUGAUAACGAAUAACAAAAAUAUGGGAACGCAUUCAAAUGGCAUGGUGCUGAGGAAUACAACUAAAAGAGCUGAAAACAGAGACGAGACACAGGUUUGACCUCCACUGGUUUCAGUUUUUCGCACCAUGUUGGUGACAGCAUAUCUUGCCAUUGUGUUCCUGCUUGCCCUGUGUGUUGGCCUAGAAGUCACAGCACGGCGCUUCACACCGCCUCAGCCGACACCAUCUGCUGUAGCCAACCCAGCCUUCCGUCGCUUCCAGAGUGUCUUCCUCCGGGCGUACCUGUUGGCUCUGUGGGCAGACUGGCUCCAGGGUCCUUACCUCUACAAACUGUACCGCCACUACAGCUUCCUGGAAUCUCAGAUAGCCAUUUUAUACGUGUGUGGCCUGGCUGCCAGUGUUCUGUUUGCUCCUUUUUCAGGCUGGCUGCCUCAGGCUUUGGGCCGUAGACUAACAUGUCUUCUCUUCUGCCUGUCUUACUCUGCUUGUUGUCUCACCAAGCUGUCCAGAGAUUACUUUGUUUUGAUUGUAGGCCGUGUCCUUGGGGGUCUGUCUACAUCCCUGCUGUCUACCACAUUUGAAUCCUGGUGGCACCGUCAUGUCGAUGUCCAUGAUUUUCCCAAGGAGUGGAAUCCCCAGCCUCUCACCAAAGUAGCUACCUGGAACCAUGGGCUGGCUGUGGGAGCAGGACUGGUGGCUAACUUGCUGGCUGAGUGGCUCAACCUCGGACCUGUGGCUCCCUUCCUCCUGGCUGUUCCCAUGUUUGGUGGCGUGGGCUGGGUAGUUCUGACAGACUGGGGCAGGGAAGAGGCUGAAGGAGGACUAGAGGGAGACAAACAGACGCUGGUGCUUGGUACUACAAAUACAGGUGUGGUGCGUUUGUCUGCAAAAGCACGAUUUUCACGUAGCUGCCAAGAUGGUCUGCGCUGUUUGCUCACAGACAGGAGAGUAAUGCUCUUGGGUGGGGUGCAGGCUCUGUUCGAGAGUGUCCUCUACAUCUUUGUUUUUCUGUGGACUCCUGUUCUGGACCCUCAUGCUCCUCUAGGAAGUUUCUCUUGCCUAAUGGCUGCCAGCAUGGUCGGCUCCUUAUUGUACCUAGCCACCUCUACACGCUACCGUCUACAGCCUGGACAUGUGCUCUGCCUUGCUGUUCUGAUGGCCUUCUUCUCAUUCUUCAUGCUGACCUUCUCCACUGCACCAGGACAGCCAAGGCCCCAAGAAUCAUUUCUGGCCUUUCUGCUUCUAGAGCUGGCAUGUGGUCUCUACUUCCUCGUGAGCUUUCUCCAGGGCAGGAUUAUCCCAGAGGAGAAGCGGGGUGGUGUUCUGGCCUGGUUCCGGCUGCCUCUUCACCUUCUGGCCUGUCUCGGACUGCUCGCGCUCCAUGGGGAGGUGUCCGGUACGGGAGGAGGGGAGGGUGGCGGCGGUACACGGCACAUGUUCGGAGGCUGCGCCGUCAUGAUGUUGGCGGCUUUGAUGGCUGUUGUCAGUCUGUUCACUUUGGGUAGAAAUGACACAGAUCUGAGACUUGAAGGAACAAGAGGUGAAGGGGAGAUGUACUAAAGAGACAGCACUAAUGUUCACUUUUUGCUUGAGUGGUUACAAGUGGUUUUGUUGUAUGUGUGUGUGAGUGUGUGUGUGUGACUGAAAGUUGUUUUACUGGAGUAGUCAGACAUAAGCAUUCUGCCAAAAAGUUUUGUUAGACUCUUCUUCGCAAGUUAAUUACAUGUUUUUUCCAAUUUAUUUUUUCCAUGAUAUAUCUUUAGUUUUUGGGAGCUUUUUUUUUUAAACACAUUGACAUUUCUAUCUUCAUUUGGGAACUUAUGUGCUGGUGAUCUGUCAGCCAUGUCCACAGCUUCUGUAUCAUUCCAUAAACCAUCCUAAAUACGACAGAAGUGCUUAAGUAUGUGAGUUACCACAGUAAUGAUGUGUUCAUGUAUUUUUAGUAUAAUGACAUAAAUCUGUCGAAAGAAAUGUGCAAGUUUACAUGAGGACAUAAUGAAAUAUAUCCAAGAAAAUGUACUACAAUGUGACAUUUCUUGCCAAUUCUUAGAUUUACUUUUAAUGUCUUUAUUUUUAUUUUAGUUUUUCAAAAGGUCAAUGGAGGGUCCUAUUUCAUAUGGUUGUUUCUGCAUCAUUUCUAUUUUCUGUUUCAUCUGAACACUUGUCACGUACAUGUUAAAUAAAAAAGAUAUUCUUCAA